AUGUCCGAGAAGGAACCGUUACUUAAUGGGAGGUUGAACUUGGAAAAUGGAAGAAAUUAUAGCGAAGUUGUGGUCAUCAAAAAACCCACAUCAAACGUGAAAUAUUACACAAAUUCUCGUGUUGGAUGUUGGGAACGACGUAGGAGAGCUCGAGCAAAGGCUAAGGUUAGUUCAAAUGUAUCUUAUGAUAUCUUCUUCUCAUAAUG